CUACAGGAAAGUCCCCCUAAGUCUAUCCACGUUAGUUAUGUGACUGGGGAGUCAGCAAAAUUGAAAUAUAAAUCAAAGGUUCUUGACUUUGACAAUGCAUUGAAGAGGUCACAUUGGGAGAAAAACGCUUCCCUCAUCUCAAGAACAGACAAGAUAUCUUUUAGAAUCAACAAGAAUAAGAGGAAGUUUUGGUUGAAGAUCAAGAAAGUGGAUGUCCAUGAUUCAGGGAUAUAUUCAUUUGUAGUAAAUGGUACAGUUCUUAGGCUAUGGCAGCUGAACAUCCAAGGUGAUAUUAAUGUACUUUUGUGUAAUGUAUGUACUCAUAAGUAUUAUACACCAGCUCUCAAAAGUGUUGCAAUUUUGAAACUAUACAUGAUUUGUAUAUUACCUUUUUCUGUAAUUAUAAUGCUCUGUCACCAUCUUUUUGAUGAUAAAACAAAAGGCAUAUGUCCAUCAUUUUUGGUUUUUUUUUUCUGAAAAAAAAAAACACUCCAUGUUAAGGUUAAGGGUGUUGUUGCUCACACCAAUCAGAUCGCCACUUUAGGGUUUGUAUCUUGCACCAAUUAUAUCAAAACGUUUGGAUAUCUUGCACCAAUCAGUGCAUUUGGGUAUGGUUUUCUUGCAAAUUAUCUCAUGGAAUCAGAGGACUGAGCACAAAAAAUGACAUUAAUCAGAAAUUUUGGGCUCAUUUGAUAAGCGUAAUGGUUUGUGGCCUUUGCAGGAGCCUUAUUGAAUAAUAUUGAGAUUUAUCGGGAUUUGAAAAGUUCACAUUUAACUUUUUUUUUUAUCAUUUUUAAGUUAAAAACAUGUGGAACUAAAUGUUACUGAUAUUUAAUUUUCCUAGUGAUUUUCCUGCAUUCUGACUUUUUCUAUGAAUAAAAUUUACUUUUAGCUACCUUGGACUGAACCCCAUCCUGUGUUAAUUCCUUGUAAGCAACCUGCAUUUUAUCACCUAUUUCACACAGGGGGCAAAGUCCAGACAGGGAACAACCAGUGAGGGAGCCCUCUUUGAAAUAUUAUCCUUUUCUCUUGUUCAAUGGAUCCUCACUUAUUCGAGAUUGCAAUAUCUUUGGUUAGGGUCUAUUGGAGAUACGACAAAGUUUCAGUUUGUUUUUGUAGUAAAAUGGCAUGGAGUUAUAUUUUUGGGGUAACCAACUGUAGACAAAUAAUUUUGAUAUUCUCUUUGUUAGAGGAAUCGCAGUAAGUGUAGGUUCUUUCACAACUGUUAUUUGGGCUCGUCAUACAAUGCUCUCUCUCCAACUGGGAAUGGAGGGCAUUGUGUAUCGAGAACAAACAACGGCUGCAAAGGAGACAAUGCAUUUUAUUUUUGCUUAGAAGUAUUUAGGCAAUAGAGACAAUAGACCACAAAAUACCUGUGUGAGUUCAGAUAAAAUAGGUUUUUUUUGUCUUUCUCCUAGGGUGAAGUAAUGCCAUAUUUUCAUUCUUUUGAAAGUUAUGCUCUUUUUCUAUAACAAAAAUGAAAACAUUAGGUACACAAAGUGUCCCAUCUUAACCCACCCAGCUAAAAAAAUAACUCGCGCAUGCUACAUAUACGCAUGUUUGUGUUUAUAUUUUAAUUGCAAUAUUCAAACAACAGCUACAUUUAUAUAGCAUUUGAUUGCAAAAACACUAAAAACAACACCUAAAAAGUGUUGCAUGUAGUGAAUGGAGACCAUCUGCAAUAUAACAUUUCUGCAAUUGAUUGUAUACAUACAUACAUACAUACAUACAUUACAUACAUACAUAACAACUGAAUUCAGUAGAAGUAAGACUAAUCAGUGCAGGGGAAGAGAACAGGACCCACAGGAAAGAAUGCCGCAUUUCCAAUAACACAGAGAUGAUCCACAAGUACAAUUUUUGUGACAGAGGCUGCCAUUUAGGCAUCGGCCUAUUCAGUCACUUGCAGGCAGUGCUGCUCCAGUACAGCAAACAAUUAGGUUUCUCUUCCAUGGUCAUCACAUGGUCAUCACAUGGUCAUCAGACCAGCGAAGGCUGACAACAAUGAUAUUGUAAAAUUAUACAUUUUAAGAAUGGAGAGUUGUAACUCAAGUUUAAUGCAGUAAGCAAUCAAUUGACAGAAGUUUUCCAAUUUAAACAGAAUCUAAUGUAAAGUUUCAAAAUUUUAAUUCUAUAACAGUUGGAACUGCAACUUCUGUUGCUGGUUAAGCAAGAAGUUGUUCUCAUGGCAACAUUUGCUUAGCAGUUUGGAUUUCUUGUUCACCAAGUUGGCAUUGUGGGUGCUUAAGAUGCAUAGCUUCUAUGAUAAGCAUAGAUUGUGGUGGGAUGAGUUUUCUAUAUAAUUAUGUAGGUAUUUGCCCUCUUGAUGAUGCACCCUUUGAGGUUGUAUCCUGUGUCAGUCUUCCAACUCUCUGAUGCAUCUUAAAAAAUACAAAAACAUACUAUAUUCAAAUUUGUAUAAAUGAUAGCUAUUUACCAAAUGUAUUACAAUUAAGAGUUGCAUAAAACACAAUUUGACAACAUUACUAACCAGUGACUUCAGAUUUUAAUUUUCUAAUGGACUUCAUAGAGCCAUCUAGUGUGUCUGAAUUGGGUUGGCUUGAUGUUGGCUUAGACCACAGUAUAGGUCCCAAAUAUCUAAUUGAAUGCUUUCCAUAACUAAUUAUGAUCAAUUUUUUCUAGUGGCUCUCUGAAACCCUGUGGAUGGCCGUUUCAUGAAAUAGGUAACAAAGUGUUGUUGUUUACAUUAUUUGCAAUAGCAAGUAUAGUUUAUACAUAUGAUAAUCAAUGAAAAUACAAUUAUCAUCCACAAAACAGUAUAUUUAACUGUGGAUAGACCACACCUGCAUAUCGGCUGCACCUCUAACUUUUGAUUAAUUUUGGUGGAAAAGAACAAUUAGUAAAAUGUAAUCAAAACUCAAACAAAAGAUAGGUCAUAAAAUUUAAAAAGCUGGCAUAGAGUAAAAUGAGCAUGAGGUAUAGCACUGACCUUCACUUGGGCUUCCCUCUAUGAUUGGAGUGUUACUAAUUGGGCUAAUGAAGCGAUAAAUAAAGGAGUAACAAGGAAACAAGUAAUGGAACUAUGCCCUGAAGUGUCUUUCUAGAAUUUCACAAAGUAAGAAUGAAGACAUCUCCAGAUUUACUUUUGUUGUAUUAAGUGCUCCUCGCCUUAAACAUGGGAAUUUUCAUGUCAAAACUUUUAUUUACAGUUUAUCAUAGCAUAACUGAACAAGAAAGUUGGAGUUUAGGCACAAACCCAAUACUAUUUUGAAUAAUUUUGAUUGUUUCCGAUCUGGUGUGCAACACGAGCCAUAGAAACAUUGAAAGGUCAUUGGUUAAUUGAUUUUAUUUAAUUAUCCUAUGUCAACAUAAGCAGCUAGAUAUAUUGGUAUAACCUUGUUUUGAACACUUCAAUGGAUGAGGAUAGUUGUGUUUCUUUUAAAAUUGGUGGAAUUGACUGCUGCAUAUCUUUAAAUUUGACUCAGUACCAAAAGGAAAAAGAAAACCUGCAGUCACAAAAAUAUAUCUCAAGGUAUAUUUUAGGGCCGGAGAUGUAGAGGUUCAUUAUCAAAUAAUCAUAGUAGAAAACUAUAAAAACAAAGAUUAUCACGUUGCAACACAAACACUACAAUUUGAAGGGUGAAACUUUGAGCUAUCCUGCAUAUACAUGAGGUGUCAAAAUGCUUGUACCCUUGUAUAGGACUUACCCUAAACUUUUGACCCAAUUUUUUCAAUUAAAAAAAUGCAGCCUAUUUGCAAGUAAAUACGAUAGGUGAUUUACAAAACUUUGUAAAUUGUUUUAUCAUUAAAUUUUUAAUUUUUUAUCAAUAUACGUAAUACAAGUAACAAAAUGAUAUUGGCCAUGGACUGCAAUAAUGAAAGAUUGAGCAAAAAAUAUAUUUUUGACACUGAGUUUGAAAAUCUGUAUUACUUUGUAGAAAAGUGUUCACCGUAUUUUGAAUUUGCAUUAUUUAAUGUUAUUAAUAAGUAAUUUAUAGUACCUGAAAUUGUGGCAGGAAAUGAAACUUAAGAGCACAACUUUGUCACUGUCAGCCAAUAGUAUUAACCAUGCAAAAGCAAAACAAGACAAAAAGGCUCCAUACUUUAUGAAUUUGGUUAAGAUUAAAGGAACAUGGACAUUCAUUUUGAGUGCAACCCUAGAUUUACUACUUCACACACAAGCUUCCUUCAGGCACAUGUGCCAAGAUACAACUGCCGAUGAAACAAUUGAUCAGGAAACACAGAAAUUUUAGAAAUUUCCAAGACUGAUAAGGAAGGAGAAUUUUUAAGAUUAUGAAGUAUCCAAUCUUGUGCGUUGUUGCAAACUGCAUCUUUAUAUGAUUUAGUAUAGUCAAGAUGUGUUCAAUCUUAAGUUCUAAGCACAGAACUAGGAGUUGUCAUGAAAUAUAUCAAACAUAAUAGUUCUAUGGCACAUUACUCUUUGCCAAAAAUUUGUAAUAUGAGACAGACUGAAGCAAACAUACUUUGAAAACUGCAAAGAUAAAUAUGAUUGCAGUGUGAUCCUUCUCUUUGACAGUCACAUCUUGUGUGCCAUUCAGUAGGCAGUCCCACCCAAAUUGCUUAUUGUUCCCAGGAAAAUCAUUGAAUGUUCAAGGUGCUUAUCAUCUUUAUAAUGGAAUACCCAUCAUUCAAGUUAACUGGACAGCACCCAAUACAGGUUAGUUGCUUAUGAUUUGAAUUUGGUAUUUCCAUAGACUUUACAUUAUUUUAUGCACUGUUCUUGUACAUUCUUGUUGUUGUAAACAGAUAGAACUUAUUGUGAAUUGGAUGUGAUGAUUAAGGCUUGUUUUGUCCUUUUGUUUAAAUGUCAGACAAAUGAAGUUGAUAUGCAAAAUAUCUGGAUAUGUUUGGGAAAUAAUUUCAGCCAACAUGUACAUGUAUCUUAGUUGGAAUUACUGUUAGACAUUUAGGGCAGUUUGUAUUCAUCUUCUUAUUAUUAUUAUUAUUAUUAUUAUUAUUAUUGUUAAUGUCUCAAGCAUAUGGAACAAUUCAAAAUAUAAUUUGUGAAAAAACAUUUACUCAAAAUGUUCCUUGAGUCACUGCAUUCAAGGUCAUAAUUUGUAUCCUCAAGUAACAGGCUUCAUGCAUGCUUUUAGCUAUAAAUUUUUUUCCCUUCAAUAAAUUUUUUUCAUUUCUCCAAUUUACAAGGGGCAAUUUGUGCACAAAAAUUAUGCAUUAAAAACUGUUGGUCAUGGUGCUUAUUCGAGAGCUGAAGACCAUUAAACCUCAUUAUUUGGGUCUAGUUGUUCAAAGGGUAAAUGACACUAUCCAACAGAUAAAUUGCAACCCAGCAGAUAAGUCUUAACAAAGCAUACUUAUUUUAUAUUUUACUUAUUUUAUUAGUAAUGCCAUCCAUUGAGUAGCAAUUUAUCUAUUUAUCUGUUUUUUGUUGCGUUAUUUGCUUUGAAUAAUGGGGCCUGGUCCAUUGAUUGAAAAGCAAUACAGUACGUUAUCUCUGUAUGCGGGCACUUAUUAGCUUGAUUACAUGAUUUUUAUGUGCAAUACGGGAUGCGCAGUGAAAUAACAAGGCAUAAAUGUCUAAAAUAAGGUGAGAUGACAAAAUGUCACGUACAUGAAAUACAAGAAUUGAACAAAACCUCCACCUCCUGAUAUCUUACUCUCCCUGUUCCCAUGUAUAAUCAACCAUCCCAUGAAAUGAAAUGCAAGAGCAUGCCUAUUAUAUUUUAUAUUCCCUUAGUAGCAAAAGACCAUUGUGCUGGCAUUCAUACAGCCUGCAGUUGUACGAGUGGUGCCACUUAUGCAAUAGUGACUCACGUUUUGCUCCAAUUACAUUUCUAGUGCUGAGAUUAUAAAAGGAGAAAAACACUACUGUGGAUCAUUACGUAAUCAAAUGAAAGUGAGCCAAAAUGUCUGCUUGCAUAGUUCUUUAAGUCUUUUACUAUUGAGUUAAUAUAAAAUAUAAUUGGCAUUCUCUUGCAUUUCAUUUCGUGAGAUGGCUGAUUAUACAUAGGACCAGGGAGGGUAAGAUUUCAGAGGGAGGUAAAGGUUUUGUUUGAUUCUCAUAUUUCAUGUAUGUGACAUGUUGUCAUCUUGCCUUAUUUUAGACAUUUAUGCAUUGUUUUGGAUGGUUUUAGAUAGUUUGUGAGUGGCUGUGGAUGUUUUUGAGGUGGUUGUAGGUGGUUGUUGAAAUUUUUGAGGUGGUUGUAGGUGGUUUUAAUUGGUGGUUCUAGGUUGUUCCAUGUUUUAGUACUUUAUAGGACAAUCAACUUCUCCAGAAAUUAAGGGUUAUUUAUUGUACCAUUGAGAUUAGCUAUACUACUAGCAAGAACCAGAGAAAAAUCCCUGAGAUAAAGGGAGCAAUGGAAGACCUCAAAGACAAACCUUUUGGACAUACUUGUACACUGUAACUGUAACCCAAUCCAGUUUCUCUGAUGUCUCGUUCAGUCACCAAAUUAAAACUUAAUCCAUAUUUUUUUCACAUGGUUUGUAUACAAGAAAGAAGUGAAUGUUUGGAGACAAGUUUCUUUAAUCAGCAAUUCAUCAUAUCUCAAUAACAUGAAGACAUCAUAAAACAACACUUGAAAAAAUAGCCAACCAUUUUCACUGCAGUCAAAGGAGCCUAUCACAAACACUUUUGUGGCUCAUGGAUCACCAAGGGAAACUCACUCUACCACUAGUCUGAUUGUCAAUAGAAAAGAGCCCUGAAAACAACUAAGUAUUACAAUUUUGUUGCAGACUUCACCAUUGGAAGUUUACAGUACAUAUCCAAAGUCACUAAAUGUUCAGCCAUUACAACUCAGUUUGUCCUGAUGUUAAAUGUGUGUGCUUCCUUUGUAAUACCUUUAUAAUACCUCUGAUGUUAAAUGUGUGUGCUUCGUUUGUAAUACCUCUGGAGUGGUCUUCUCAUGUCAUGAGAAAAGAAAAAGAAAUAUUUUAGCUCUGUACCUAUCAUCAAUACCUUGUUUAAAGCAUUAUCAGUUAACUUCUGUUGUGUCCUUUUGUUUUUUCCUCAAGCUCUUUUUGGUAGUCACUCACUUAUUAUGGCCUUGUUUGAGAAAAUGUUAUAUUAGACAAUCAGUUUAACUGACAUGCAUAAUGUUAUUUAUCUCAAGACCGGAUUAGAAUUAGGACUGAAAAAUUAUCUCUUUUUAAAACUUGACCAUCUCUUAUCCAUUAGUAAAUUUAUUUCACUUAAAGUAAUAAUGCGACAAAACAAAACGAACUUUAUCAAAAAUGCCUUAUUUUCAUUAUCUUCUAUAGAAGUUAGCUCAAGGUUAUUUUGUUAUUGGCGUGCUCUUUGUUAUGGUGAUUUGUUAGGUUUUGGUGAUUUAUGGGGCUAUCAGGUGUAUAUUUCUGGAAAAGAAGGACACCUUGGUCACUACGACUGUGUACAGAUAAACAGAAAGGUAAACACUAAAUAGUUUUAGUUUUGGUUGUGGAGGUUGUAUAAUUUUACUUCAUCAAUAUAAGAAUACUUUAAAGUUGCUAUUUUAAUUUUUGUUUGUUAGAAAGAAUACUUAUAUCUACAGCAUUACGUUUACUCCAUCCAGUCUUGAGCCAACAAAACCCAAAUAGUGAUGGAAUCAACUCUUUAAUUUCUUCCCCCAUUGUUAUAUUUUAUUGUAUUUUGAUUUAUGUUUUUACGUACGAAUAACCAUUACCUAGUCUUAUCUUGAUUGUUAUAUUUUAUUGUAUUUUGAUUUAUGUUUUUACGUACGAAUAACCAUUACCUAGUCUUAUCUUGAUGGUAAAAUAAAUACAACACAAGAAAAAUAUUAAAGUACAGCUUCUUGAGGUUACGAUUACGUGAAAAUCAGUAUGAAAUCAUUUGAACUUGUGUUACAGAAUUACUAGCCUGUAAGUAAUCUUUCAACUGUAUCAAAAGUAACUGAAGGAGUUGUAUUUCUUCAAAUUGGCAACUUUAUGAAGAGGAAUGGUCUCUACUCGACUAUGGGGUCCAACGUAGGUUUGGCUGGAUGCAGGACGAGUCUUUAAAUUGAGACAGGACGUAGAAUACGAGACAUUUUUUAUUCCGGGAUGCAAGAUGAAAAUAGGAAGACGAAAUGAGGAUAUGCUCUAUUCUGAAGGCAAGAUAGGAGAUAGGAUGGGUGUUGUCAGGAUCGUGACUCAGCUAAAGUUGAUAGUUUUACCUCAGGAACAUUAAAAAGUAUUUAUUUGAUUUAGAAACAGGCUUAAUAAAUGCACCCAUGAAAAUUGGAGUUGAUAGGUCUAAAUAACUCCGUAUUAUGUCUAGUCUUCUCUGUAUUUGUUACAUAUGCUUACUUGGCUCCAAAGUAUUUCCGGUUUUCUCCCCUUUGUCAUAAUUUUGCUCUUACGAGUAUGUCUUUGAGUAUGCCCCUUUCUGUAUGACAUUAUGGGCGGUUCUUUGAAGAUUUCUCUUAGUGAUAGUUGUUGCCGUAUUAAAUGCCACUUAUUUUGCUCAUAAGGAUUUAUUUGGGGUUUGGAACUGUUCGGUAGUAUUGCGUUACAAAGGGCAAGAUUCUAUUAUUUUCUUUUCCCUGUUAGAGGAAGACCUGUUUACGUCCUUCAAAUUUCGCUUCCGAGAGUGGGCUGUCGACAAAAAAUUUGGGUAGCCUCUCUCUGCCAGAUGUGUUUUGAAUUGUCUGAUGUUUCUUUAAGAUCUUUUUUUUUAAGCCUUUCUUUGCUCCUGGUGGAUGACAUGUUGUGUAAAACGUGUACUGGAAUGCCUCUGUUGGUUUGAAAUGGAUUCUGAUGUCGAGAACUGACUCCCUGUUGGAUCUUUUAUCCUUAUAGAUAAUGGUGUCUUAAAAAGUAGCUUCUGAAACAGAUAUUUCAGCCGUAAAUUUGUUGUUGGGUGGUGUUCAUUUGCUUGUUUAAUGAACAACAUCUUUGCAGGUGUGCAAUAGAGAGAUUAUGUCGUCGAUGUAGCGUUUCCAAACGAACUGUUUGUUAGCGCCUUUAUGUAGGAUUUUUAUUUAAGCCAUAAGGAUAUUUACAAUAGCUAAUGCCAUUUGGUGCCAUGGCUUUCUCUAGUAAACACUUUGGAAUGGACGUGAGGGGGAUAUAUUUGUGUAUAAGCUCAAAAUGCCCAUUGAAAUGAGUAUCGAUCACUUCUUUCGGAAGCUUUUUUUUUUUUUUAGAGACUUGAUCAAGUCUGUUGCAUCUUUGAGAUAUGACCUCAGGUGUUGUGCGAUUGGCUGAAGAAUUGUAUAUAUGUAACAGGAUAACUUUUCUGUUGGUCCUCCUGUAGGUGGAGUUUUUGUGUCUCAAUUAUAAAGACUAUAAAUACAGCGUCGACAAAAUCUGGAUCGGACCGGAUCGGAUCACGGAACGGACCACAUACCAGAUCACGGAUCGGAUCACGGAUCGCAAGAAAAGCGUAAAAUUUCGGAAGAUUACGAGACUGAAGCAUCCAAUCUUGUUAGCUAUGGCUCGUACCAAGCAAACCGCUCGGAAAUCAACAGGUGGAAAACGUCCUCAUAAACAGUUAGCCACUAGGGCGGCCCGCAAGAGUGCUCUCGCUACGGGCGUGAAGAAACCUCACCGUUGCAGACCAGGCACAGUUGCACUUCGGGAAAUCCGUCGUUAUCAGAAGUCUACGGAGUUACUUAUCCGCAAGUUGCCCUUUCAACGGCUUGUGCGGGAGAUCGCGCAGGAUUUCAAAACCGGUCUGCGAUUCCACAGUUCCGCUGUAUUAGCGCUCCAAGAGGCUAGCGAACCUUUUUUGUUGGGUCUGUUCGAAGAUACCAAUCUGUGCGCCAUCCACGGAUUGAAUCACAGAUCAGACAAGGAUCGGAUUAUGUCAAUUGAAAUUAGAAAUUUUGCGCAACAAGCCAAAAUAAAGCACAUAAUGAAGCGAAAACCCAUUUUUAUUUCUGAUGAAAACCGAAAACCAAAUGCUAAACUGCGUAAAGUCCGCAAACUGAAAUGAACAGCAAAACCAAAAAACAGAUCUAAAAGUAGCCAAAACUGCAAAACCAAAAAUCCCAAUGCCUCCUUUUUGAUUGAUAUGUACCUCCCGCUUGCCUUUGUCCAUGGCAGCACUACAAAACACUCCUCGACACAGCCGUGAAAGUGACUACAUGGAGGUUUUAGGACAAAAGAAACUUUCAAUUGGGCCUGUACUCUAUUAUAUUACGUAGGCUCUAUUUUGAUUUGAUACCCAACAUCUCUUAUUUUCGUUGAAAUAUUUUUAAUUUCUUCACAUCUCCUUUUAUCAAACUCUUUAUUAUUUUGUAAAGGAUUAAAUUGUUUUAUUUUUCAGAACUCUCUUUCUUUUUCAAUCUGCGCUUAGUGGCUGUUUUUAUGCUAGAGACGUUAGAGUUGUCUAAGACGUUAAAGUCGUCUCGAGACGACUUUAACGUCUUAGACAACUUUUACGUCUCUAGCAUAAAAACGGCCAGUCAUGUCAGGCAGACUUUAUUUUGGCUUGUCACGCAAAAUUUCUAAAUUUUUUUUAACAUGAUCCGAUCGGUGAUCUGAUUCUUGACCUGAUAUGUGAUCUAAUCCGUAAUCCAAUCCGUGAUCUGAUCCGUGAUCCGAUCUAGUGCGAUCCAGGUUUUGUCGAUGCAGCUAUAAACAAAUCAAGAAACAACCUUAAGCCAGGUAAAUAUGCCUUAAGGACUCUUUGCCUCUCUCCAUAAUGAGAGGACUCGUAAAGGCUAUAAUUUGUCCAUCAGUUUAGAAAGGACAGUGAUAUAGAGCAACUUGGGUUAAACUAGGUGGGAUGGGGAUGAAAAUGUUCAUUGCAGCGGGAUGGCGGGAUGGAAUAGAAGGUAGCCGUAGGAUGCGGGAUCGGAAAAGUAUAUUUUGGACCCUUUGUCUACCUACUGUCGGUCAAAUGUCUACCGAGUGUCGACCAACUGUCUGCCGAUGCAUUUCUAACUAGUUUCCAUUUCAAUCAGUGAGAAGUGUCGGUUGUGUGUGGGUGUUGGCGGUGCGUGGGUGACUUCUUUUACAUCUAAUUAAAGCUUUUGAAGGAGGAUCAAGCUACUAUACUUCUCUUUUUCUACAAAACUCGCACUCAUUUAGGUUUAGUUUGAUUUUGUUGCUUAAUUAGUAUGCUUUCGUUGGCGAUAAACUUUGCAAAGUAACCAUUCUCAUAUGGCGCCCUUUUGUUUGAGUUUUUUUUCUCAACUCAGUUCCACAAAUUUUAUACACAUCUUAAGCAAACUGAUCAUUAGUCAGAUUAAUAGGGCUGUAAGUUUGAAUUCUUUUUUGGUCUUUUUUUUCUGGUGUUUAGCAGCUCCUGAAGGAGCCGCUUUUUUUCAAUAAAUGAUCCAUUAUUGUAGAGGAAACUGCUCAGAGUUGUCUUCCAGCAGCUGGGAGAAUGUUCUGUCACCUGUAAAGUCCCUGAAUCACACAAACUCAUCCAAGUAACUUGGUAGAUGCUUGUAGAGGGUUCCAGGUAUCGACUUCAACUUUUUUCAAAAGCUCAAAAGGAUGCAGACAAAAUCGCGAAGUUCUUCAGAGAGACAGAAGUGCGCAUCGCCAACCACAAGCAUUGGGUCAGAGAGAGAGAAGAGCGGCUUAGAGAGCUGCAGAACCAGCCAGAGCCGCCGAACAACUAGCAACAAACUACUGCCGCGAAAGUAAACGGGAAUAACCUCUUCCUAAUCCACAGGCGUAACUAGGCAGUGCUCACCUUGAUCAGAGAGAGAAAAUGCAGCUUGAGCGAUACAUACAGAUUAGCCCGUACUGCCAGAAGUAACAUAUGCUAUUUCUUGGGAAUUGCUGAGUUGCACAUCGUCAACAAUAUGCGAUCUGUAAAUAAUCUCAAGUAAUUUGGUAUAUUAAGCACUUGUAAAUUUUUCAAAGACUAGAAAUUGCAAUCGCUUUACAGGGUUGUGCAAUUUUGUUGUAUUGAAAAACUGAUGCAAAUUGCCCUUGAAAUAAUGUUAUUACCUACACGUAUUUGACAGAAAUUAAGAAGACGACUUAUUUCUAUGAUUUGUUGGGGUGUUCCACAAGGGUCCUUUCUACUGAACAUGAUUUACUGUUCAGAACUGUUUACCAUCAUUAAACAAUGCCAUCUAGAGGCUCACUGUUUUGCUAACAAUUGACAGCCAUAUCUUUCUUUUAAGUAAAUAAAUUAUAAAAUUAUUCGAGAUCAAAUUGUAUGUUGUUUCCUUUUUAGAAGGAAAUAUUGUCCUGGAUCUUUCACAAAACAAUCAGAUAUGGAGCAACAUACCAGAUCACAGUACAGAGUAUGCCAUCGCGUUACGAGAAUGACAACAAUUUAGUAAACCAGAGUGUGCAAGUACCAGGUAUUUUUCUUGAUAACCAGCCAUACUAUGAUUUCAGUGAUCUUGUUAAAACAUACUACAUAAAGUGGGAUGAUGGAAACUGAAACUGAAGAAUACAUGACAGGUGUAAUUGGGAAAAUGAAUAUUUUGGUUUGAAAACUUCAGAAGAAUGGAUAACAGCCAUACCACUGGAAUAAUUAAUAACACUGAGUUUUGCAUCUUAACUUAUCUUUUGUAACAUCCUAUUUGUCUCAUUAGUAAAAGUAAAACUUUCCAUCCUUCUCCUUCUAUUUGAUCACAGGAUCUUGGUCAAUGACUCCUGUAGGGUUUUUUGUUUUGUUUUUGAUACCUUACCCAUGUAUCCACCAAUUGAUAUAAAUUUAAAGCAUAGUGUGUGGUUACUCACUACUUCCUUUUUCUGACUUGUUAAUAUUAAUAAGAUGAUUUCCUUUUUUUUACAGAGAAGUGUCAAUUUAAAGUGUACAGGAAUUCGUCAGAGUGCUGUAAGUUGUUUUUAAUUGUAUUUUUUUUGCUUAGGGUUAAGUUAUGUCAGCUUUGUACAACUGUUACCUUCUUUUCCUAUUUGA